GAAAGCUGCGUCAGAAAACCACUUCCUCAGGUAGGAGUGGAUAACCUUGACAAAUCCGCGCUCAGUUUUGACCCUCUUUUGUUUUUUAUUUUUGGUUUACCUUGCAGCAUCACUCUUCCGGUGCAGAGAUGCAAUGACGGCUGUGAGCCUCAAACAACAAGUGACAAAGUGGCAAGUGAUUGUUUGUCAUCGCACAUAAUGAGCGGCACUCUGUGCGUCACGGUGCGCUCCGGACUCUCCACCCUGCAUGUUAAUUGUUGGCGGCUCAGCGUGUGAUGCUCCGUCCUCUCAGUGUCCUGUGAGCGCGCAGUCAGGACCACAACGAUACACACGCGCUGGUGGACAUAAAGGCUAUUUAUGCCUCUCUAUAUUUAUUUCCAAACAACUGGAUAUUGCUGAUCGCGCCAAAAGACUUCUGGACUAAAGUUGAGAACUGGAACCCAGCUGUCACUCUUCAGCAUCAUCCCUAUAGCUGCAUCCAUUUUUCUCUUCUCUACUCUUUGCUUCUGUCGCUUCUUUUCCUGUUCCUCCCAGUCUCUGUCUUUCUCUCUUUCUCACUCCACCCCCACCCCUCUCCCAACCCAACCCUCAGCCUCCCUGAUGCCUAAGAACAGCAAGGUGACACAGCGCGAGCAGAGCCAUGAGCACGUCACAGAGUCGGUGGCUGACCUGCUCGCACACGAGGAGCCGCUCGACUACAAGAGCAGUUCCCUGAAUGUCGGAGCAGCCGCAGGGAAGAAGGUCCCGCAGAUAGAAGUGCCCGAAAAUGACGGGCGACCCGCUUGGAACAGCAAGCUGCAGUACAUCCUGGCCCAGGUGGGCUUCUCUGUGGGACUGGGGAACGUGUGGCGCUUCCCUUACCUGUGCCAAAAGAAUGGAGGAGGUGCCUAUUUGGUUCCUUACUUCAUCCUCCUCCUCAUAAUCGGCAUCCCACUUUUCUUCUUGGAGUUGGCAGUGGGGCAGAAGAUCCGACGUGGGAGCAUUGGAGUGUGGAACUAUGUGUGUCCACGUCUGGGUGGGAUCGGGAUGUCAAGUCUGCUGGUGUGUGGCUUUGUGGGGCUCUACUAUAAUGUGAUUAUUGGUUGGAGCAUCUUCUACUUUUUCCAGUCCUUCCAGUACCCUCUGCCGUGGAACGACUGUCCAAUCAGAAAGAAUGGGACGCUUGCCAUUGUGGAGCCAGAGUGUGACAAAAGCUCAGCUACAACCUAUUUCUGGUACCGGCAGACUCUGAACACAACCAGCACCAUUGCAGAAAGCGGCGGACUUAACGUCAAAAUGACCUUAUCUCUGCUGGUAGCCUGGAUCAUUGUCUGCCUGGCCGUCAUUAAAGGAAUCGCCUCCUCUGGGAAGGUGAUGUACUUCAGCUCUCUUUUCCCCUAUGUGGUGCUGUUCUGUUUCCUGGUCAGGGGUUUAAUGCUGAAGGGAUCGGUUGACGGCAUCGCUCACAUGUUUACACCCAAGUUGGAGAAGAUGAUGGAGCCACAAGUGUGGAGAGAAGCAGCCACCCAGGUCUUCUUCGCCCUAGGUCUGGGGUUUGGAGGAGUCAUAGCGUUCUCCAGUUACAAUAAGAUAGACAACAACUGUCACUUUGAUGCUGUGCUCGUCUCAUUCAUCAACUUCUUCACCUCCAUUUUGGCCACAUUGGUGGUGUUUGCUGUGCUGGGAUUCAAGGCCAACAUCAUGAAUGAAAAGUGUGUUGUAGAGAAUGCUGAAAAAAUCCUGGGGUAUCUCAACUCUAAUGUCCUGAGUCAUGAUCUCAUUCCUCCACAUGUAAACUUUUCCCAUCUAACUACAUCAGACUAUGCUGAGAUGUAUGGAGUCAUCAAGACAGUGAAAGAAGACGGCUUUGCUCGGUUAGGUCUGGAUCCUUGUGUCCUGGAGGAUGAGCUCAACAAGGCUGUCCAGGGAACUGGUCUGGCCUUCAUUGCUUUUACAGAGGCCAUGACUCAUUUCCCAGCUUCCCCAUUUUGGUCAGUCAUGUUUUUCUUCAUGCUAAUCAACUUGGGCCUGGGCAGCAUGAUUGGCACCAUGACUGGCAUCACCACACCAGUCCUCGACACCUACAAAGUCCAGAAGGAGCUUUUCACAGUGGGUUGCUGUAUUGUGGCUUUUCUUUGUGGCCUGUUGUUUGUCCAGCGUUCAGGAAAUUAUUUUGUCACCAUGUUUGACGAUUAUUCCGCUGGUCUGCCUCUCACUGUGGUGGUCAUCCUGGAAAAUGUGUCCGUUGCUUGGAUAUACGGAACUAAAAGGUUCAUGCAGGAUCUGGAGGACAUGCUGGGUUUCAGACCAUCUAUGAUCUAUUUCUACCUGUGGAAGUAUGUCUCCCCUCUUUGUCUCAUCAUUCUUAUCUCAGCCACAAUCAUAGAGAUGGCCAUCAUCCCACCAGGAUAUAAUGCUUGGGUUCAAGAGCUGGCUCAGGAACGCUUUCAGAGCUACCCUACCUGGGCUCUGAUCAUGUGUUUUGCUCUUAUCAUAUUGGCCAUGCUUCCUCUUCCGAUCGUCUUCAUCGCCCGUCACUUCAACUUAAUGUCAGAUGGUUCCAACAAGUUGUCUGUCUCCUACCGUAAAACUAUGAUGAAAGAUAUGUCCAACCUUGAGGAGCAAGAUGAGUCCAGAUUUAUCCUCGGUGCUAAGCCGGGUGAGGCACCAUCAUCAGUUCUGGCACGCAGACCCUAUGUGACUCCAGCAGGAAACAAAUCUCUGGAUCCCAACUCUCUGUCUCCAAACAUCUGCUAUGGUACAAGCUACCAAAACGCUGCCAUAAGCCCCACCACACCAACAACACCACCUAUGCCUGUUACACCAGAGUCUGACUCUUGACUGUUGUCUAACUCUGAAAUACACACCUCUGACACCCUGUCCUGUAUAAUACAUUACUUUUCAGCCAUAAAGUCUCCACCAGGAGUCACUACCAAGGAUUUCCACCACUACCCUUACAAUGCAACAAAACUGUAUGAAAGCAACUAAUAAAUUACGAGCACAGAAUUCCCAAAAUGACACCAAGGAACAAUUUGAAUGUCCAGAAUGUUUCCAUGUUUCCCAAAAUCUAGACAACUGGUCCAUUCAUAGUUAUAAGUAGAAAAAAACACUACACUACAUCUGUAUAUAUUUAAACUCAUCAGGUUUUUGUGCUUGACAUCUGUUCUGCGAUCUGCUCUUUUUUGCCUUAGAAUAAGUAGCAUCAGCAGACAUGAACCCAACAGAGAUGUGCACGUGUGUGCACAGUGCAGGAGGUUGUAAAGAAUGAGUCGGUGUUAUGCCUCUGGCUGGAAAGUUUGAAGAUCUUAACAGGGUUUCAUUUAGCACAGUGGCACAGAGAACUGAGGUGAAUGUAAAUACGAUUACUUAAAGAGUAAAAACUAUCCAUUUUUGUUGCAGCCCUUCCAAAGUUUCAAAGCCAUGUACAGAUUAGAUAAUGUGCAGCGUUUCCAAACUUAGCAUAGGCAUGAAAUCUGGCCUGUGAUGCUAUGAUCUGAAAAACAAAUCUCAUCAUAUGGAUUUUCUGUAUUAAAAGCUGCUCUAAAGACACCCAGUUGUGUUCUGUUCAGACCCAAAGUUGACCUCUUGCUGCAGUUUAUGUCUACCAGUCCUUGUUCUUGUUCAUUAUGUAAAGCCGUGUACAGUGUAGAAAUAUAAUUUAGGAUAAUACAGUUCUUCUUAGUUGAGAAUCAAAGCCAUUACAUUCAUGUUGUCACGUUCCAUAGAAAAUCACUGAUUAGUUUUUCCACCAAAGAGUAGGAAGUAAAUAAACACUUGAAAUGUAGCACAGAAUAAAAAACUUGAUGAGCUGAACUGCACAAAAAAGUGAACUACAAAAAGCUUAUUUUAAACUUGAGACUGAAACACAUGGCAGUAUGAUGUAUUAUAUGUGAAAGGAAGCACAGUUUGUUCAUGAGGAUCUGAAGCAAGUAUGAAGUUUGCUUGUUUAAUUCCACAGAAGCACAAGAGAUUAUUGUGCACAAAUUAUUGCCCUGAAUUGUUAUGUUAUUUUUAAAAUCCAUGCAUGUGUGUAACUGAAAUAUGCUGUCAUUGACUUUCACACUGCUAUCGUUAUGUAUUAGAUAUGCAUUUAUAUUGGAGCACAAACUAAAAUGCACAAACUAUGAACAUUACGACCAAAACAUCACAAACAUAAAAGAGACAAUGGACCAAAAGAUUUAGGAACUUAUGGAGCAAAAAUCUCACCGACUGACUUGAUAGUAUGCAAUUCUGAAAGCCUUAGAAUCCUCACAUGCACAAAUAGAAACGUACAUGCAAACUUACUGUUUUCUGUACAUCUGUGGAAAGUGUUACUGAAGACGGGUACAGUUGCAAUGGAUGUCUUGCUGCUAAUAUGUUUCAUGUUCGUGCACACUGGUAGCAAGUAGCUGUGCAAAACUGUCUACAAGUUGAAAGUUAGCACGGUUAAGGUCCUGUUAGAAAAUUAAACAUUUGUUUAUUUUUUUAUUACUAUAUUCAAAGCAAUGGUGUUAAGGUAUAAAUGGACUAUAUUUAUAUUCCUGUAUAUUUGCAGCUAUGUAGACGUAAUGAGUAACAAAGGUCUAUGUUUUACAGGUCCUUAGUAUGUAUAUUGUAUAUUUCAUGUUCUAAUGCUUACUGAAACUGUGUAUUUUAAGUCUUACCUGUUUUAUUGUUGCUUGUUCUUGUUGUGGGAUAUAAAAAUGCUGAUGUAUGUGUGCGAUUUAUGUGGCUGCAUCACUCGUCAGGUGAUGCAUCAGCGUCUGACUCCACCUUUGGUUUACCGGCCUACUUGUUUUCAGCCACACUAGCGGUCUGCCUCAAAGUGCUGUCGUAAGUACCCUUUAUUACAACGAUGCCUCAAAAGUAAAUUCCAGUCUAAGUCAUGAUUUCAGAUGUACACUUAUGUCGCAGUAGAGCAGUAGAAGAUGAGAAACCAGAAGGUGACCACUUGUGAAAGCUGAACCGGUGGAGGCGUGGAGUCAAAAGGCAAAAAACUUUAGCUACUGUGUUGCAGCUUUUCUUUCAAUUCUUAAAACAACUAUUAUUGACUAUGGACUUAUAGGUUUGCUAAAGCAAAAUUUAAAAAUAGACAAUUUCUUUUUAAUCACACAACUUCUGUGUUUUGAAUGUGAGUGCAAAACUAACAAAGAUCCCAAUAAAACAUAUAGAAGUGUAUAGAUGCUCUUACCAGAGCACGAAGGUUCUCUUUCUCCACAUGCCUGUUAUCAUCUGAGGUAAAGCUCUUUGUUGUCAGUGUUCGGUAUGGCCACAUAUGCAUGCUUUUUCAACUUUAUUUUCAAGCUGUUUCUUUAAAUAGCCAAGUGUGCAUGAGACUGAGGCCAGUGUAAAAAAAAACUCAUGUAAUGUAUACACCAAACUACAUUUUGGGCCCCUUCUGGUCUUGGAAUAGCUAUUUCCAUUAUUCAUCAGUUUAAAAAUAUUGUUUGAUGUUUUUUUUUUCUUUGAUGAAUGUCAAAUGUCAGCUACUGGUGUGGCUUUAAACUUUUAGGUCUCUUGUGUCAUUUUAGUUCUUCUGAGUCUGGUAAUGCUGAGAUUGUUUCAUGUAGAGAUCUCUGUUUUGUUCAGUCUGUAAAUAGUCCUGUGUAACAAAACUAUUUUGAAUAUAGUUUUUAUUCCUGUGAAGUAUAUAAAUGUCUGAAAAAGUAAGUAGUAAAUGUAACAAAAAUUAAUAACAAACGUGAUUAAUGCACUUUUUUCCACAAGACAACAAAAAACAUGGUGUUUGCUUUGUUGUCCUAAUAAAAGCAGUAAGUUCACAAUGUAAAAGCAAUAUCAUGUCAUUUAAGCUGCAGGAUAACUGUGGCUAAAAGGAAAAUGACACCUGCGUGUCUCCUCAUACAUAAUAGGAAUCCUUUCCCUCCUUAUAGUCAAAAGGAGAUAAAGUACUAUGACUUUUUUAGGUGCUUGAGUGUGUGUGUGUAUAUGUGUAAAAGUGUAUGUGUGUAUAGAGAUAGAUUGGUGUAUGCAAGACCUUACUGAGAACACAUUAUUAACACUAUCUGUACAGGAUACCCACUAAGAAAUGUCCCUUUACAGCUUUUCUUUUUUUUUCUCUCCUCAGUAAGAUUGUAUAGUAAUGGAAAAAAAUGUUUAAAAAAUUAAACAGACUAUAAUAAAGAG